GCAGGAAGGGGCCGAGCAUGUGGGGAGGUUGUUUACACCAGCCCGGCCCCGGGAGCUUUAACCCGGCCGGCGGCGAGGCGCAGAGCAGGGCUCCCCGGACGCUCGUGUCCGAGAUGGCGAGUGUGCUGUCCAGGCGUCUGGGGAAGCGCUCCCUGCUAGGCACUCGCGUCUCUGCCCCUGGCGCCUUGGCCGAGGGGGUGCUGGUGGCCGCCCAGAUCCCUGGCUUGCAGACUGACCUCGGCCGGGCAUCUGCCCACGUGGCGCUGCAAGAGGACGGGUCCAGCAUGCCGUUGGCGGAGGAGAGCAGCCAAGCACCCAGGUUCCCCAGCCCUGGCCACCGGCAGCUCUGCACUGGACAGCAAGUCCUUGUCACCUACAACGGGCAGGAGUGCACCGGCCUGGUGGAGCAACACAACCCGCUGAGCGACAAGGUGAAGGUGCUGCUGCCAGAACAGGGCUUGCAGGCGUGCUGGAGGGCGCAGGACGUGCGGCCGGCUGCGCUUCAGCCCCCGGCCCUGCCCGCAGCUGGUGGUCCCAACCCUGCCGAGGCGCUGCAGAGAUCCGUAUCCAGCAAUAUCGAUGUACCCAAGAGGAAAGCUGACGCAGCUGUGGAGAUGGAUGAGAUGGUGGCAGCCAUGGUACUGACGAGCCUGUCCUGCAGCCCUGUGGUGCAGAGCCCUCCCGCCGGCGAGAGUGGUAUCCCCCCAUCGCGGGUGGCGUGCGAUCCCUGGAAGGAGAGCGGCGACGUCUCAGAUAGUGGUAGCAGCACCACCAGCGGGCACUGGAGCGGGGGCAGCGACAUCUCCACCCCUUCGCCCCCUCAUCCUGCCGGCAGCCCCAAGUACUCCAGCGAGGCCCUGAGCUCCCCCCAGGUAGAUGAUGGCUUCGAGACCGACUCCGACCCCUUUCUCCUUGACGAACCUGCUCCUCGCAAGAGAAAGAACUCGGUGAAGGUGAUGUACAAGUGCCUGUGGCCAAACUGCGGCAAGGUCCUGCGCUCCAUCGUCGGCAUCAAGCGGCACGUCAAGACCCAGCACCUCGGGGACGGCGCAGACUCUGACCAGCGGAAGCGGGAGGAGGAUUUCUACUACACCGAAGUGCAGGUGAAGGAAGAGCCGGCGCCGGAGGCGGCUGCUGCCGUCAGCCCUACGUCCGCGUCCGCCCCCAUCAUCAUCCAGCAAGCCCUGGCAAAGCCAGAGGCGCUGCUGGUGGAGCAGCCGGCGCUGGAGCCCGCCCUGGCCAGCAGCGCCCUGAGCCAGUCUGCCCCCAGCUCCUUCUGGCACAUCCAGGCUGAUCAUGCCUACCAGGCGUUGCCCUCGAUCCAAAUUCCAGUGUCCCCCCACAUCUUCACCAGCAUCAGCUGGGCCACUGCCACCUCAACUCUCCCGUCCCUGUCACCGGUGCGGAGCAGGUCGCUCAGCUUCAGCGAACCCCAGCCACCGACGCCGAUGCUCAAGUCCCACCUGAUCGUCGCCUCACCGCCCAGGGUGUCCAUCGGCACCAGGAAAGUCCGUGGUGAAGCCAAAAAGUGCCGUAAGGUGUACGGCAUUGAGCAUCGGGACCAGUGGUGCACGGCCUGCCGGUGGAAAAAAGCCUGCCAGCGUUUCCUGGACUGAGCGCAGCACCGCGGUGCCGCGUCCCUCCCCUGCUCCUGCCCUGGGAGCACUGGAGUUCCUCACUGCUGCAACCAGGGACCUUGGAGGUACCUCUUGUGACCCCAGAAGACACCUCCAGAGCUGCGUGUAAAUUCUUCCUUCUGUAUAUUGUACAUCUGCUGGGUUUGCUCUCUUUUUUUUUUUUAAAAAAAACUUUUUCCAACUUUUUCUUUUUUUAAACCUGAAGAAUAUCUCCCUUUGUACAGUAAAAGCUGGGGCUGGGAGGGAAGGAAGCCAGUUCCUCGGGGUUCAGGGGAGAUUGUAGGCGAUUUGGGGACCAAAGAACUACCUGCAUUUCCCAGAUCAGCCCUAAAAAUCUCCUGAACGGUUGCAGCGUGGCUGGGGUGAGGCGUUGAGGCAGCUUCCCGUGUCCUUUGACUACCUAGAAAGUGCCAAUCCCUUGUACCCUUUAAGGGAGGGGAUUGGUAACAAUUAUAGCUUUAAAAAAGAAAUGCUCUCGGGUUGCUGCAAGCAAGGCAGGAGCGGUUCUCGGGGCAGGAGUCAGAGGUUUCUCUCCCUGCGUGGAUGUGGUAUUUGCUCAUGUCGCAUCAUACCAGUAGCUCGAGCCUGCACGUACCUCCAGUUGGUUCCAGCGUGUCAUUUUUGGAGGCAUUCAGGGGAAAAAAAAAACCACCCUAAACACUUUAAUCAGGAAAAAUAUGAGAAUUUUUAAGGCAAAACCUGGUGUUCCUUCUCAUUUUAGGCUUUGUAAGUCUGCUUAGCUCUGUGAAAGUGUAUGUUGUGGCCCUCGCCAUGUCUUUCAAAACUAGGCUGAGCAAUUUUAUUUUUUUUUGUUUAACAAUUCCACCAGUAAAGGCAGCUGGGAGGACUGGGAAGGGCUUUCCCUUAGCAUCACCAUAUGGUCCCAAUUCAGCAAAACACUCCAAUGUUUCCUUUUGAAUCCCAUGGAGCCUGGUGGGAGUCAGUUUUCUGACUUCUGUCUUUUAAAACAUUUAUUUACCCAACCCGAAUUGCUGCUGGUUUCUCGUCACUGUCGCGACUGUCCCAACUAGACCAGCAUCACUGGCGCGGGGCCUUGCACUUGGUGUUGGGCCAGAAUGCGUGUGGCCGGGGAGUCGGAUUGCCCCGUCAGUUUUCUCCCCUUGCCGGGGCAGGCAGCCAUUUGGAUUUGUAUUACUUUUUUGCUGCAUUUUUGAUAAUCAUAGGCCGUAACCCACAACCAUUGAGCUGAGAGCAAUCCCUGCACGCGGCUUGAGCCCGGGGUGUUUUUUAAGAACCCCACGCUGAGACUCAACUUUCCUUAUAAAAGCGAAUCAACUGGCUGGGAGAGUGCGAUACUGCUCCUGGAUUGCCAUGAGCCCCGUUGUUAAAGGGAUCGAGUGGGCAGGCAAAGCGGGUUGAGAUACAUAUAGAUGUAUUACUUGGUGCUUGUCGACGUGUUUGGGUAUUUUUCAUUGUUUGUUUGUUUGUAGUUUUGUACGUAUAAUCAGUAUAUUUUCCCGCAACCUGAUCUUCUCUCCGAUAUCCAAGUGGCGGAUGCAAAAUUUGGCCAUUGGAAAGCAGGAGCAAAACUACCCUGGGCAGGGUGUGACCCUGUGGGGGGGGUCAAAUCCCAGCUCAAAUCCCAGCAAGGAGAGGAGGUUUUGCUCCUCGCUCAGACUCCCGUUCCUGCUGGAGCGCGGUGUUAGCAGCAGGAUGUUGGGAAAAGCUUUUUCCUCUCCCACCACCGUUGGAGACUCUUUGCAGGUUCCCAGGUUGAGCGUUUUAUUGCAAGAAUGACUUCCCAAAGCACGUUGCAGGUUGGUGCUCUGCAUUCACAGCCCUGGUAACAAUUAACUGUGCGGUGGGGUUGUUGCACUACUCAAAAAUAGGUAUUUUUUUAAUACAAAAAAAAAAAAAUCCCCUGCGCCUUUGCUUCUGUGACCUCCAGUGUUUGAAUGGCCAGGCCGGCGUUAUGCGUCCCGCGUUGCCUCGCGGAGCUCAGCGUGUUUAUCCUUUCAGGGAAGGGCCCUGCGAUGCCGGGGCGCAGGCAGGUUUUCGGUGAUGUCGGAGUUGCUGGGUGGCUCUCUAGAAGCGAGCUGGCGCUUUGAGAAAUCACAUACAGCACCUCGCUGCAUUUUCAUUUUCCAAAUAGUUUUUAAAAACGGGGCUUGAAGCAGCGCCCAGAGCAUGGAAGGGCGGGGGGGGGAAAAAAAGGGUGAAUUUGUGCUUUCUUCAGACCUUGUGCCUUUGCCCCCACCACUUGGAGAGACCUGGGCAGGACCAGAGAUUUUACUUCUUGCUUUUUAUACCUUUUCUGCCCCAAACAGCGUCAGGCAGAGCCAGAUCUGCAGCAGCACUGGCCAGACACAACUCUGCUCCCAGGGCUCCCAGCUCUAUCACUCAGGAAAUGUCAAACCAAGCCAUCGGGGUGCAGCAUCGCCCUGGCGGGGGGAAUUCAUCCCCCCGAACUCGGGGUGUAGCAUCGGCCACCCCUAGCCCCUCCCAGCGCAGAUCUGCCUCAGAGAUCAGGUUUUUCACUACCGGGAGCUCGGGUAUCCAAAAAACAAAGCGAAAAAUACCUUUCUGCUUUUCUGUUAAAGAUGUUUUUUAAAAAAAAAUUAUAUAAAAAGGAAGAAAAAGGUGUCAAUGGCAUUGGAACAAGCAGGCAUGCGUGGCGUGCAGCAUCCCUGGGUGAGACGGGGGCCGUUUGACCCCCCCCCCAGCAAAUAUGGGGGACGCUGCCCCUCGGUCCCGGUGGUGCCACCUCCUCCCGCAGCGCGUAGCACUUACUGCCCGGCAGCCGGCAGGGAUUAUCUCGUGUAGGAGUAUUUUAUAUCAGUGUGGUUUUAUCGUGGGCUUGGGAGGGGUGGGAGGUGCGUACAGCUGCUUUUCCGAGGGCUUUUGCGGUACGGACUUAACUGGACAAAAUUGUCCUUGUGCUCAUGGCUCUUUUCUGUUGGGUUUUUUUUUAUUUUUUUAAUGGAGAGACUGGUGCAGGUGGGUUGGUCGUUCUUUUUUCCUUCUGGUUUGGGAGUAUUUUGGAAUUUUUACACUUCAAAACAGAAAAACCUUGUAUUUUUUCAGAAACGACAGCAGGCUUCCACCGUGUCUAUCGGGUUGGUUGGCAUUGGAUAUAUAAUUUUUUUUUUUUGGUCCUUUCCCUGUUAUUUCCCUUUCCUAUUAUUUUUAAACUCACUUCCAGCCACCUCCCGACCGUUGGACUUUUCCUCCCGAUACUUGAGUCUUGCUGGUCUCAAGAAAAACCCUCUUCAGCCCCAACCGCGGGUAACCCCGACCUGUAAAUCCACCCCACAGAGCUUUCCCUUUCGCAUCUGGCUGUCUCCCGGAGCGUGUAUAUGUAUGUAUAUAGGAACCUCUUAAUUGGGCACUAAUUAAUUGGAGGCUGCUCCCCCUUCUCCAACCGGGACACUCUGCCCACCUCACAGCCGGUGGGGGGGGUAGUUGGACCCCGAAAGGCAAAGCGAGUCGGUUUAGUGCAGGGUGACCCCGCGUUGUCACUCGGUGCCCCGUUGCCGGGAAAUGUCGUGGAGGUGUCGGGGGCGGUGGGGGAGCAGGGAAGGGGUUGGGGACACUUGUCAGCGUGGCUGUGCCCCCAUGGGGCCACCGGCCGCCCGGCCGAGCAGACGCGAUGCCGUAUCAGUGAAUUUUCUGUCUUGUUGGAGCUUUUCUCAGCUGUCUUCCAAGUAUUAUUUUUAUUGGUUAAAAAAAAAAAAAAGAGGAAAAAAGUUUAAAAAGAAAAUAAAAAUGUGAAAUGUAAUUUUUACAGCAGCAAUAUGAAAUAUAUUUUAUAAGAAAUAAAAAGAAAUGUUGCC